UCUCUCCGUUUCCAGCCAGCGAUGAGGCGCGGGAGGCGGGCGGCGGAGCGGUGAGCGGCGGUGGCGCGUCUGUCCCCCCCCUCGGGCGGGCGCGCGGUUGGUCGGGCCCUCGAAGAUGGCGUCGGGGCGCGGCUGCGUGUCCCCCGGUGUUCCGGCCCCGCGCCCGCCCUAGCUGGCUCCGGGAGGCAGCGGCGACCCCCGGSAGGCGAUGGGCGAGUGGGACCGGGUGUUCCGGCAGCACCUGCCGGUUCCGCCGCACCCGCAGCGCGGCCGGGUCCGGCCCCCGCCCCGCUCCACCGCCUUUCGCUGCGUCCUCAAAUACCUGCACGGCGCUGCCUUGUCUCAGGGAGCCGAGUACCAGCUGCGCCUCUCCCUCUUCGAUGCCACCUACCACCACUUCUUUGGGAGGACGUGGAGGAGCAGCUGGAGAGCCGCCAGUGCUGCCCUGCCACGCUCGGCCAGGGCAACCUUCAACGAGGUCGUUUACUUCCACACCUCGUUGAACCAUCCUGGCAUCGCUGCCAUCGUGGAAGUGGUGGUGAAGGCUGGGAAAGGGGGUGGGGACUCUCAGUCCCUUUCCUGUGGCUUUGGAAUCAUCCCYCUCUUCCAAGGCGGAUCAGAGGUGACAGAACCGACCACUGAGGACAGAGCGCUGAAGCUGUACCAUGGGACGCCACGUGCCCUACUGCACCCGCGCUUCCAAGACCCUGUGAAAAAGAACAAAUACAUGACGGUGAUGGAGAAGAGCCACCUGCAGUAUGCCCUCAAAUCCCACCAGCCCCUGGAGGCGAUAUUUCACCUCCUUCCUGAAAACCUGCUGAUAUCUGGGCCACAGACUGUUCCUGGCUUGCUGCUGGCACGUGGAGACACAAGUGACUGCUUGCAGAAGCCCCGGCUGAUGAAGCCGGUCACCUGCUAUCUGGAGCAGCUUUUCAUCCGCUUGUACCCUUCCCUGGAGGAGUUUGAGGAGGAGCUGCUGGAUUUGCUGAACAGCGAUCGCUUACUUCAGGCUAACAGUGCGCCGGACGGUGAAGAGCUGGUGGUUCGAGAGCGGCGGCUGCACGUGGGUGUCCACAACGGGCUGCGCUUCGUCCGGGCACCGCAGGUCGCCGUGCUGGUGCCAGAGACAGAAUUGUCACCGGGUGGCAGCCAGAGGCAGAAUUGUCACUCCAGAGCCAGGGAUGCAGGUCAGGCCCUAGUGCUGAGGAGUCGCAUCCAGCUGAGUGAAAUGGUCCCACACCCGGCGUUUGGGGUCUGCUUCCAGCUGGAAUAUGUCUUCUGCCUCACGGGGAGAGCUGGUGGGAAGGCCCUGUCCGGCAGCACCCGCAGCGAGGCGGCCGACAUGCGCUCUGUACGCUGGGCUGUCUGGAGUCCCGUCCCAGGCACUGGUGACACGGAGGUGACCCUGCCCCUGCGUGGUGGUGCCCACCGUGGGCCCUGCCAAGCCUUGGUGUACCGGACCCCACCGAGCAGCAGGAACUCCCGGCAGGGGAAGCACGUGGAGUCUGGGACUGUCCAAUUCCAUGUUUCCACUGAUUCGGAAGAACAUCUUGUAACUGCUGCGGAGAUCCUAUGUAAAGACAGGGACGAGUCGAAGCAGCCUCCUACGCCAUCGCUGAGAGUGCCAACCCCACGGCGGCUGCCAGUCUCCCCACGGGGACCAGGGCUGUCGGUGUCCCAGCUCGUGGCCUCACCACGGGUCACAGGUCAAAGCCUGCAGCAGGAUGGGGGCAUCACCCACCUGGAAGCCAAUCUGAGCUCACCGGACGAGGAGCCCUGUGCCAGUGACCAGCUGCGGGCACUGCCCUUCACCCCGCUGCAGCUGCCCAUGGCUGCCGUGGGGCUGCAGGCAUGCAGUUCCCAUGUGUCUCUGUCUCGUGGCUCGCUGGCUCGCCUGCACGCCGCCGGCUUUCCGGACAUCCUGGAYCGCAACCAGGAGCCGGUGGAAAUCUCGGAGCCAGUGGAGUUGGGCAGCUGCARCCUGAGGCUGGAGGAAGCUGACCCUCUACAAGGCAAUGAAAUAGUSCUGCAGUUCCUGGCUUUUGGCAGGGAUGCUCAGGGCAGCGUGGAGGGGCCAUGGCCGAGGACAAUCUUCCUCACGUUCCAGUUUUACCGUUUCCCACCGGUCACCACGCCCCGGCUGCAGCUGGUCAGCACAGACGGGGGGCCAGCAACUGGGCUGGCUGUGCCAGCACAGCUCCUUGUCCGGGUCAACGAGGAUGGGACCCUCAGCACCAGAGCACCAGGCUUGCAGCUGAAGUACAUGGUGGAUCCAGCKUUCCUGCGGCCUGGGGAGCAGCGCUGGUUCCUGCGGUACCUGGCCGAGCACAGCCUCCAGAUUGACAUCUGGGAUGGAGACUCCCUGCUCCACGUUGGGUCUGCUGCYGUUAAACUGGAGCCCCUGCUGCGCCAGGGCCAGACGGCUGUGAGGACCUACCACGAGCUGGAGGUGGCCACGACCGAGUACGAGCCGGACGGAACGGUGAUGGGCCAGGAGGCUCUGCGGCACGGCGCCCUGCGGCCCCUCGGUGUCCGUGUGGCUGUGAGGGGCCGCCUCCACCUCUGCCUGGCCAAUGUUGGUCACCCAUGCGAGGACACYGCAGGGCAGCUGCCAUCCCACUCCCGCAUUGUCACCGCACCAGAGAGUGCCGUCACUACCCCAGCUGGCAACUGGCGCUCCCUGAACACUGCUGCUGGUGGGAGGACGGCGUGGGCGCGGAGGCUGGUGGAYGUGGACAGCGAGCUGGAGGCUGCACUGCGCAGUCGCCGGCCAGAGGGCUGGCCGAAUCAGCGCACCUGGGACUUGCAGGUCAUCGAUGCCUACCGGGAGCACAUCAAGGGAGAGAGCAUCUACCAGAUGCUCAGCCAGGCCAUCACGGCCACCCGCACUGUCCACGCUGUGCUGGGCAUGGCCGAGUUCUUUGAGUUUGCCCUGAAGAACCCAUACAGUGUCCAGCACACCGUGACCAUCGAGGUCGACCACCCUGAGCUCAGUGUCAUUCUGGACCCGAGGGAGUGGCGCCACUUCAAGGAGCUGACCAAGAGUGUUACACCGGUGGAGGAGGACAUGUUCCACCUCCGUGAUGACCUCAARCCUCAGGUCUACCUGCGUCCCAGUGAGACUGUCCACAUCCCCUUCAAAUACCAGACCUUCUCCGCAGACCCCGCCGUGGUGGYGGCACAGGGGCCAGCUGGGCUGGGCGACAGUGCCAAAGUGGACACUCAACCCCUUGGGAAGAGUGGGGCCAAGCAGACAAAGCUGAUCCAGGUCUCCUUCCAGGUGAGCGGGGGAAAGCCCAUUGCACUCCUGCGGGUGAAGGUGGAGCCGCAGCCGCACGUGGUGGACCAGACCUUCCGCUUCUACCACCCAGAGCUCACCUUCCUGAAGAAAACCAUCCGGCUGCCUCCGUGGCACACGGUCCCUGGAACGCCGGUGGGGGUGCCAGGCGGGCAGCCUGAGAUGUUCGUUCGCUGCAGCGACCCCGACAUCAUUUGUGAAACCAAAUCCUUGGGGCCCGGUGAGCCRCAGGACAUCUUCCUCAAAGUGGCCGGAGGACCAAGCCCGCAGAUCAAAAAGUUCUUCGUUGCUAUUUAUACGGACACCUGGCUAGCCGCUCCUGUCCAGAUCUGGCAGUUCUACCUGCACUCCCUGCAGCGCCUGGAUGUCGCCUGCACGGCCGGACAGCUGACCCGCCUGUCCCUGCUGCUGCGCGGCACCGCGGCCCCACGGAGGGUGCAGGCCUUCACCUCCCACCCCCAGGAGCUGGAGGUGGAUCCCAGCGGUGCCUUCCUUCUCCCCGCCARCGGUGUGCAGGACCUGUACAUCGGCGUGAGGCCACGGCGGGCUGGCAGCAAGUUCAUCUACCUCAACCUGGUGGAUGUGGAGUCCCACCAGCUGGUGUCCUCCUGGCUGCUCUGCCUGUCCUGCAGGCAGCCUCUCAUCUCCAAGGCCUUUGAGAUCUCGCUGCCUGCAGGAGGAGGGAAGGGCUGCAACAAACGCAUCACCUACACCAACCCCUACCCCUCGCCCCGGCUCUACUUCCUGUGCACCAACCGCCCCGACCUGCUGCAGUUCAAAGAGGACUCUUUUGAGGUGGCCGGAGGGGAGGUGUACACCAUCGGCCUGCGCUUUGCCCCGAGCCAGACUGUGGGCGAGGAGGAGAUCCUGAUUCACAUCAAUGACCACGAGGACAAGAAUGAGGAGACCUUCUGUGUGAAGGUGCUGUACCAGUGAGGCUGCCCACCCGCCACUGCAAAGCCGCCGAUUCCUGCGCCAGCCCAACAGCGUCCCUGUGUCUGUCUGAGCAUGGUCACAACCCCCAGUCCCUCACUGUCACCUUGCCAAGACCCCCCUUGGGGGUUCUCUCUGUCACCAGGAUCCCCAGGCGUUGCCACGAGCAUCAGUGGUGCCAUGUGGCUCCAUCCGCGCAAAUCGAGAAGAGUGGAUGUGUUUGUUACGGCACUUUGUGACUGCAGGAUCCGUAUUUUUGUCGAGCAUGACGAUAUUUUAGGCACUUUGGAAUCUUUUUUUAACUUAAAAAGUUUGCAGAUUUGGUUCUGCGGAAUAUUUUUAAAGUAUUUUAUAUUCUACGGUGAGUUUUCUACACACUAAGGCAGUUUUAUGGGAUUUUUUGGUACUUUUUACUCAUCCUCGAUCCAUAAAAAUUGCUGUUGCACAACUGUCAGAGUGUGGCAGCAUUUUCUUCCUGGGAAAGUGGAAAU